GCCCUAUGUAUGCCUGGUGUCAACAAACCUCCUAAUCCGUGGAUCCUGCUCAGCCUCUCUGCUGCAUCAUUUGCCUCCUUCUAUUUUCUUGUAAAGCACAGGGAAAAGACAAAUCCUGCGUCACAUCGUCCGCGACAACAAGAUCACCCUCUCGUUCCUCCAUCUCGUUCUAACUAGUUAUGCCCGCCGUCAUCGAUAAAAUCGCUGAAGCCCUACACUUGCACAAGAACCGUUCGACGGUGGCAUCUACCCCCGCAUUUGACGAGAAAAAGGUUACUGUGAUCUUUGUAUUGGGCGGUCCUGGUGCAGGGAAAGGAACCCAAUGCGCUCGCCUCGUGCAGGAUCAUGAUUUCUGUCAUUUGUCUGCUGGUGAUCUCCUUCGUGCCGAACAGCAUCGUGAGGGCUCCGAAUACGGGCAACUAAUACAGACAUGUAUUAAAGAAGGCACCAUCGUACCCAUGGAAGUCACUGUGAAACUCCUCGAGAAGGCGAUGAAGGCUGCUAUUGCUGAAAAAAAUAGUGAAGGAUGGGAAGACGGUCGUGGGCGUUUCCUCAUAGACGGUUUCCCGAGAAAGAUGGACCAGGCAGAGAUGUUUGAGCAGGAAGUUUGCAAGCCUUCCAUGGUGUUAUUCUUUACGACUACCGAAGAGGUUAUGCUUGAACGCCUCCUCGAACGUGGAAAAACCAGUGGUCGUGAGGAUGAUAAUGUUGAGAGCAUCAAAAAGCGAUUUCGUACGUACAAGGAACAGACCAUGCCCGUGAUUGAGCAAUACGAGAAGCUCGGAAAAGUUGCAGAGAUCGAUAGCUCCGUUACGAUCGAGGAGGUGCACGAGAAGGCGAAAGUAGCUGUUCAGAAAAGUCUCGCUCGGUCAAACUAGACUCCCAGCCUGCAUUCCAAACAUGAACUGAACCUAUGGUAUGGGAUAAUGAAAUGUUUUAAUGAGCGUUUUCUCUAGGCAAUAUAUGAUAACCGCACUCUGCGGUUCUUGUACUCCAACCCCAUGGGAUAAUUAUCAGCGAUAUCCACCUGGCCAAGCUGUCAGCUG